GGGUGGGGGGUGCGGUUUGCAAAGCGCGCAAGGACAGCCACAGUCCGCGCUCCUCCAUAACAAGCGAGCCUCUCCUCGCGCAUCCAUCGUCGGCUCAGGACAAUAAGCGGUUGGCGGAGGGGAUGCUUUGCUGCUGCCGGCAGCUGCCGCCGCCGCCGCCUUCCUCCGUGGCCCCUGGGACGCGCAGAUCUUGAAGGAGGAGGAGGAGGAGGGAAAAGAGGGAAAGGAGAGCGAGAUCAAUCCAGCCAAGCAGGCGCUCUCUGCCUCCCUCCCUCUCCCUCUCUCCUUGCACCUUGCAAGGUUGCCAAGGCUGUAGGACCGGAGCGCGCCAGCAGCGGCACCGAAAAUGGAGAUCAUCGACACAAGUAUAAUUCAGCAGGAGAGACUCCAGGCCAUAGCGGAGAAGAGGAAGCGCCAGGCGGAGAUCGAAAACAAGAGGCGGCAGCUGGAAGACGACAGGCGUCAGUUGCAACACUUGAAGUCAAAGACCCUGAGGGAAAGAUGGUUGCUCGACGGAGCCCCUUCGUCCACAGCCGAGGAAGGCGAUGCCUUGAAAAAGCAAAUGCAGGACGACGAUAUGAAGGCCAAGGAGCUCGAAGAAAGCAUCCAGAGGUUGGAGAAGGAGCUGGAGCAACUUGAAAACGGGAUCUCGGCAUCGUCCACCAAAGAAAAUAUGGCUGAGGAGAUGCGGGGGGUGGGCAAGGACGACAAGGCCCCCCGCACACCGAAGACUCCCCUAGGCUCAGCCAAAGUGGAGAACAGAGCCUCAAACAGCCCUGUAAAAGUGGUGGAAGGCGGUGGGAUGAUGAAGGCAGCUAUGUACUCCGUGGAGAUCACGGUGGAGAAGGACAAACACACAGGCGAGACCAAGGUCCUGUCCAGCACCACCAGGCUGCCCAAGGACCGCUCGGUUCAGGGGGUCAAGGUGUACGAGGACGAGAUGAAAGUGGUGCACGCGGUCCGCGUCGAAGACGGGGCCCUGGAGAACGGCUUGCAGCAGCUCAGCUCCUCCGAGGUGGACGAGCUCAUCCACAAGGCGGACGAAGUGAACCUGAGUGAAGCCUCGGAGGCGGGCAAGGACCCCCGCAACAACCCCCCGAGCCAGAAGGCCACCCCGAGGAAGGAGAUCACCGGCGUGCAGGCCAAGCCUGUGGAGAGCCCCAAGUUGAUGCCGGCCGGCCAAGGCCCCGAGCCCAGCAAGGAGCAGCCGGUCACCAUGAUCUUCAUGGGCUACCAGAAUGUGGAAGACGAAGACGAGACCAAGAAGGUCCUGGGUCUCGAAGGCACCAUCCGGGCGGAGCUCGUGGUGAUCGAAGACGCCGAGAACAAGGCGGCGGCGGAUUGCAGGGGGAAGGGGCACGCCCCUCCAAACGGCAGUGCGGCGGCGGCGGCGGCCGUCCCUCAGAAGGAAGAGAACCAAACCGGGGAGCCGCCCGCAGCCAACAGUACCGACCCCAAAGAGGCAGAGCAGGAGCUCGACGCCAAGAAACAGCGUUGCAAAUGCUGUUCGGUGAUGUAAGGCGCCCCCCCUCGACUCGACAGCCAAUCAGGACUGCCUUCUCUUCCCUCCCUCCCCCCCAUAAUUCCCACCUUGACUCCGCCUCUUCCACAAACUCCUAGGUUUAAUGUGGUUGGUUUUUUUUUUUAAUUUUUAAUUAACAAGACAUGCAGUUCCCGCCGCUCCCAGAGGAUUUUGGUUUUUUGUUUUGUUCCCUUUAAGUGACUGGGGAAAUAUUAUAAUGCAAGAGUUGGUGGCGGCUGCGGGGGCCACCCAGCAAUGGCCCUGCUAAGUCCCGUUUCGUCUUUUGUUUGCUUUUUCGUAAACGGAACAGAUGCAAAAGUUAUUUAUUAGACGGUGUCGGCCUCUGCCCCCUGCCCCGGCCAGCCCUGCUCCAAAGCAGAAUCGAUCGGGAAACCUUAAACCGCUGUGGCCAAAGUUUCUUGGAGUCGCCCUCAACCGAAUACGAAAGAAAGGAAACCGGGUGUCUUUCGAUAUUUGCCCCCCCCCUUCAGAACGAACCAGCACCAUUUCCGUCAAUGGACUUUCCUUCCAGGGAAGGAAAUUUAACAUCGGUCAAAGAGACUCUACAGCCUUGCACUUUCCAAGAGGUUCUGAGGACCUCUGCAAAUUCGCCGACCUUCGAAGAUCACUUCCUGGGGUCUCAGAGAAUGACACUGGCCAAGUUCUCGUGCCAAUGAAAGAUUCGGGGUCUGUAAACUCAGUUUCACACACACACACUCUGCCCUGCCGAUGUUUAAAAAGAUGAGGUUUGGAAAAAGGCAGGGUGAUGGGAAUCGGCUGUGAUCCGAGGGCAAAUGUCAGGAAACUUGGCUUGGCGAUCUGCUUCAUCUGCGAGACAAUCCCGCUCUCUGCGGCUUCAUGGGAAAGCCUUGUGCGAGUCCCAGGAGAAGUUUUGGGGAGAUCGCGAUGGUUGGACCUUGACAGCUGUGAGACUGUUGGUGUUGGUGUGGAUUUGUUUUUCCUCCUAAAUCCUUCGACGGUUACCUCUCCAGCUUGUAAAAAACUGUAGAACUGAUCGGCUAUUCCCAACCGAAACCCGUUCGGUAGGAAAAUACAGGAGAGGCUGGUCGGUUAGAGCAAAACGGGGCCACCAACCGGUCAUGUUUGGUGGGUCCUCAGCCAACCUUCUCACUGCAACCAGACCAGGCGGUGGCCCUGGCUGCCAAUUUCCUCUCGUUCUCAGUGUUGCCCCUUGUUGAGAAACUAGGAGGAGGUCGGGUGGCUGCUACCUGCCACGAAUGCUGUAGCUAAGAUUCCUGCAUUUCAAGGGGGGGUUGGACUAGAGGACCCUUGGGGGUCGUUUCCAACUCUAUGAUUCUGUUAGUUGGCUCCUCUGGCGCCACCUAGUGUCAGCCUCCUGGCAUCCCGCCUGGCAGAGCCAGAGAGCCCCAGCAACCAUCGCUUGCAAAAAGAUACUUCCUCGCUUAGGUGAGGGCCAGCAAGCGAAGCCGAGAGAGCCAGCUGGGAGGGCCGGAUCCGUCCCAAUGAUCUGCAGAUGGCUCAGAGAAGAGGGCAAGGCAGCGAGGCGGCUCUAGCUAGGCUGGGGGGGGCAGCCAGGUGUAGGCAGAACAGGUGAGCUCACUGAGGAGCAGGGGCAGAAAGGAUUUAGAUUAGGGGGGGUGGGGUUCUGGGGUUUCCUGGGCUGAGGAACCCCAGCAUCUCUGACCAUUGUGCGUGCCAGCCACCUCUGAGGCUGAUGGGAAGCGGAGCCCGCCCACAUCCCUACUGCAAACUUUUGCUGGUUCAGGGGGCUUGUCGUUCCCCUACCUGCCCACACACACACCCCCCGUUGCCAAAUUUGAAGUGCCAAAGCGGCCAGGGCUUAGGGCGUGUGCCGGUCGCUUGGGUUCCUGCUCUCCCCGGCCGCAAAAAAUGAGACCUGGGGGGGCUUUUACACAAGCAGUUACGAUUCGACUUGCCUCCCCGGUCCCUUGCGGGGUGAUCAGCCAUCCUCUUCGCAAUCAAGGGGCGAGGCAUGCCUAACAGGGGUGUCGCUGGGUGCUCUGAAGGUGCGUGCCGGACAAAUUUGCAUCAGAUUUACAUCAAUCAAUGUUAUGUCUGUUUGGAGCAGUGCUUCCCCUCGUCAGCCAAGCGCUUCCUCUGUCCAUCACCUGCCUCUUCCAGCUCCUCUGCCACCUGCUGGCAGGCUCCUAGCCUCCCGCCGUCAUCAGUCCCAACGGCCAGCGGCGGUCGCUGUGCCCAAGUCCGCAUCUGCCUCCCCAGCGAUGCAGAGACAUAUUAAGCGAUAGCAGCUGUUCCUGAAUUUGCAUCUGCAUUAAGCGACGCAAAGUUCAUGCCAACCUGCCUCUCCUUUCUGGGGGCCCUUUGUGAUGCGUGAAAGGCCACCCCCUUCGUCCAAACUGGCAUAAGGAUGUGCAUUGAAAGAUCCCCAACCUGUUCAUCUCAUACCCCCCCAUUUCUCCCCUGAAAAUAGGGACGUCCUAUUGCAUCCCCUCCAACGUUUCUCCCGUGAAAAUAGGGACAUCCUAUUCCAUCCCCUCCAACAUUUCUUCCCUGAAAAUAGGGACGUCCUAUUCCAUCCCCUCCAACAUUUCUCCUGUGAAAAUAGGGACAUCCUAUUCCAUCUCCUCCAACAUUUCUCCCAUGAAAAUAGGGACGUCCUAUUCCAUCCCCUCCAACAUUUCUCCAGUGAAAAUACGAACGUCCUUUC